AUCGCGACACUUGGAGACAUAGUUCAGUGCAGGAGUCGCAGCAGCCACCAAGUCAGCAAAUCCACCAAACCCAAGUCCAAGCCAAAAUGUUCGCUCUCGUAUCGCUUUUCAUCCUGGGCGUUGGAGCCGCCGCCGCCAUCGAGCUGCCCAUUUACCACUCACCCGCGGCCAUUGUGAAGCCACUGCUGAAGACCGUGGAGGUGGAGGCGCCUGCCCACUACGACUUCGCCUACUCGGUGCACGACGAGCACACCGGCGACAUCAAGAGCCAGACGGAGUCCCGCAAAGGCGAUGUGGUCCAGGGUCAGUACACGCUGAUCGAUGCCGAUGGUUACCUGCGCACCGUGGACUACACUUCGGAUGCCCACAACGGUUUCAAUGCGGUGGUGCGUCGCGAUCCCCUGGGCCAGAAGGUGAUCAAGGCCGCGCCCAUUGCCAAGCUCCUGGCUCCCGCUCCUCUGCCACUGGCCUAUGCGGCACCCAAGCUCCUCGCACCCGCCAAACUGCCCCUCGGCAUUUACCACUAG